AUGGACGGAGCUCCUAGAGGUCGUGGCGCGAGAGGGCGCGGUGCUAGAGGCCGUGGUGGCAGAGCGAGAGCGUGGAGGCGGGGCCGAGGUCGUGGUCGUGGACUUCCGGAGGAGUCGGGAGAGAGUGUGGCACCGAGUGUGCAUACUGCGUCGGUGACCCAGUCAGUUCCGUUGGCGGGUGAUGCCAGUGUUGGUUUGGGAGCGGGGGCUGCUCCGGGUGGGGGUGGCGCUCCGGCUCCGGGUCGUGAUGACUUAGUGGGGGCUCCAGGAGUACCGCCAGUGGCAGAGGUGCAGCAUGUUGCUGCAGAUGUUGCGCAGCCGGAGGCUGUGGAUGCGGAGGAGGCAGACGCGUGGCGUCAGAGAGUGGAGCGGAACUUUCAUUCGAUCCGUUGUCCGAUGGAGUACUGGGUGGAGUUAGCGGUCCACUAUUUGAGUGGCGAUGCUCAUUUGUGGUGGCAGGCCGCGGUGGGCCGGAGGGCAUUUUGGACUUGGGGCGACUUCCUUGUGGAGUUCAACGCCAAGUAUUUCCCGAGGCAGGCUCGUGAUCGUCUUCAGAUGCGGUUUAUGGGCAUUGAGCAGGGUUCGCGUUCUGUACGCGAGUAUGAUGAGGAGUUCAGCCGUCUGUUAGUGCAUGCGGGCUUUGGUAUGGAGGCUGAGCAUCAGUUGACGAACAGAUUUCUGGAGGGACUUCGCAAGGAUAUCCGGACUCUAUGCAGGAGUAGUAUGCACACUUCGAGGGCGAGUCUGGUAGAGUUGGCCGCGUCGGUUGAGGCGGAUCUUGGUGGGCCAGUUGGUCCGGUGGCUGUGCCGUCAGCAGUUGCUUCUGCUACCCAGCCUCGGGGUCAGCAUCAGCAGCCGCGACAGCAGCAGCAGCAGCGCAGAGGUGGUUCGAGUUUCAGUUCUGGUUCUGGCAGGGGCGGUUUGCCUGCGCAGGGUCAGAAGAGGAGUAGAGAGGAGUUUUCUGGUGCUAGUCAGUUUCCUCGAGGUGGUUACCGUUGGGUGGGAGCACGGAGCAUCGUGUUUCGAGUUGUCCCAGGAGAGAGGCGGUCAGCACCGAGGGUGUGCUACUACUGCAAGGAGCCUGGGCAUAUCAAGCCCAUGUGUCCUAAGUUGCGGAGUAUGUCGGUGGCUUCGGUUCAGCCAGUAGCGGCUCAGCCAGUGAGUCAGAUCGCAGCAGUGCAGCCGUUGGGUCAGAUUGCACCGGCGCCGCGGGGUUACUCUUCAGUGGAGACUGGCGGGACUAGUCAGACCGGGCAGAUCACAGGGACCUUGUUAGUGGGCGGUUUUGAGUCCCACGUUUUAUUCGACUCUGGAGCAUCGAAUUGCUUCAUUACACCGGAGCGUGCCGAGAAGAGUGGCAUCCGGAGUAGCGCGGGCGAGAGCGCGGGCAUGGUCAAGGUGGCGGGAGGUGGAUUCUUGUCUACUUUGGGCCGUGCUAGAGGAGUCGAGAUCGAGAUUGCGGGGCAGUCAAUGCCAGCAGACUUAGUCAUCAGUCCGGUGGAGCUGUAUGACGUUAUUCUCGGGAUGGACUGGUUGUCACACUACAGAGUUCAUCUGGAUUGCUACAGAGGUAGAGUGGUCUUCGAGCGAGAUGCAGGGAGGUUGGUUUAUCAGGGAGUGAGACCGACUUCCGGGAGUAUUGUGAUAUCUGCUAUUCAGGCCGAGCAGUUGUUAGAGCGGGGCUGUGAGGCGUAUCUGGCGACGAUUUCUAUGUCUGAGUCAGGAGCUGGAGUUGUUAUGGGAGAUAUUGAGGUUGUCCAGGAUUUUGAGGAUGUCUUUCAGUCACUGAAGGGAUUACCACCAUCUCGGUCUGAUCCUUUCACGAUUGAGUUAGAGCCGGGGACAGCACCGAUAUCGAAGACGCCUUACAGGAUGGCGCCAGCUGAGUUGGCAGAGCUGAAGAAGCAGAUAGAGGACCUUUUGUCUAAGGGGUUCAUUCGACCGAGUGUUUCACCGUGGGGAGCACCGGUGUUGUUUGUGAAGAAGAAGGAUGGCAGUUUCAGACUUUGUAUCGAUUACAGAGGUCUUAACCGAGUCACUGUGAAGAACAGGUACCCACUCCCGAGGAUUGAUGAGUUGUUGGAUCAGUUGAGGGGUGCUACUUGGUUCUCCAAGAUUGACUUGGCAUCGGGGUAUCAUCAGAUCCCGAUAGAUGAGGCAGAUGUCAGGAAGACUGCUUUCAGGACGCGUUAUGGGCAUUUUGAGUUUGUGGUUAUGCCUUUCGGUUUGACUAACGCGCCGGCAGCCUUCAUGAGAUUGAUGAACGACGUGUUCAGGGAGUAUUUGGACGUGUUCGUCAUCAUUUUCAUUGAUGAUAUUCUGGUAUACUCGAGGAGUCAGGAGGAGCAUGCGACUCACUUGAGGUUGGUUCUGGAGAAGCUUCGGGAGCAGAAGCUUUUUGCUAAGUUGAGCAAGUGCAGUUUCUGGCAGCGAGAGAUGGGAUUUCUUGGCCACAUUGUUUCUGCAGAGGGAGUUUCUGUGGAUCCGGCUAAGAUUGAACAAGCUGAGUCCGCGUUUUAUGGGGCCGUUUCCAGUAGUGGAACGAGUUGGACCAUUGGCGUACAGGCUGGAGUUGCCUGA